ACACAGGACGAACCAAAGAUGAGCGCCCUGGGAGCCGUUGUCGCCCUCCUGCUCUGGGGGCAGCUUUUCGCUGUGGACACUGGCAAUGAGGCCACAGAUUUCACAGAUGACAGCUGCCCAAAGCCCCCCGAGAUUCCGAAUGGCUACGUGGAGCACUUGGUUCGCUAUCAGUGUAAGAAUUACUACAGACUGCGCAGUGAAGGAGAUGGAGUGUAUGCCUUAAACAGCGAGAAGCAGUGGGUAAAUAAGGCCAGCGGAACGAAACUUCCUGAAUGUGAAGCAGUGUGUGGAAAGCCCAAGAAUCCAGUGGAUCAGGUGCAACGGAUUAUAGGUGGAUUGCUGGACGCCAAAGGCAGCUUUCCCUGGCAGGCUAAGCUGGUGUCCCGCCACAACCUCACCACAGGGGCCACACUGAUCAGUGAACAAUGGCUGCUGACCACGGCUCAGAAUCUCUUCCUGAAUCAUACACCUGAUGCAAAACCAAAAGACAUUGCCCCUACUUUAAAACUCUAUGUGGGGAGAAAGCAGCCUGUGGAGAUUGAGAAGGUGGUCUUCCACCCGGACUAUCAGGAGGUAGACAUCGGGCUCAUCAAGCUCAAAGAGAAGGUGCCCGUUGGUGAGAGAGUCAUGCCCAUCUGCCUACCUUCAAAAGAUUAUGCGCAAGUGGGGCGUGUGGGUUAUGUGUCUGGCUGGGGGCGAAAUGCCAACUUUAAUUUCACGGAGCUACUGAAGUAUGUCACGCUGCCGGUGGCUGACCAAGACACCUGUGUGAAGCACUACGAAGGCAGCACUGUGCCCGAAAAGAAGACAAACAGGAGCUCUGUCGGCGUGCAGCCCAUCCUGAAUGAACACACCUUCUGUGCUGGCUUGUCCAAGUUUCAGGAGGACACCUGCUACGGCGAUGCUGGCAGUGCCUUUGUCAUUCACGAUGAGGAGGACGACACCUGGUACGCGGCUGGGAUCCUGAGCUUUGAUAAGAGCUGUGCUGUGGCCGAGUAUGGAGUGUACGUGAAGGUGCCCUCCAUCCUGGAUUGGGUUCAGAAAACUAUCGCUGAGAACUAAUGCAAGGCUGGCGGCCAGCACUGCCUGAGAGCAAGGCUUCCCUCCGGCAGAGGGAAACGGGAUGGGAGUGGAGGGCCUAAAACGUGGUGUUCCAGCCCUGCGUUGCUGAGACAAUCAAUAAAGAGGUUCCUUUUGACUCA